UUCCCAUGUUUUCCUUGUUUUGUUUAUUUUCCUUUUGUUUGCCACUGCUACCUGCUACCCUGCCACUUGCGGCUCAACUUUUUAUUGUCUGUUCGUAAGCAAGAAUUUAUAAUUUAGGUAAUAAAAAUGGAACCCUGUCUCUUGCAAGAUUUACCAUAUUUGGAAUAUAAGGAGGCUGAAGCUCUGCCACUAGAGAGAUGUGAAAUAAUUGCUCGAUUAGCCAAUUUGAAGAUAUCUUUCCAGCAGUCAAAGACCCCAGGGAAACUGCUCAUUCACGCCCUAGACCGUUCUGGCUUUAGAGUACAACAUUAUAGAGAAUUCCUGACUACAGCUCUCAACACAAAACUAGUCAAAACAUAUUACAAACCUCAUAUAAAGUUUGCCAUCCUUAUAGCAAAUGAUAGAUAUUUUCAUUUAUCCAGGUUGGCAACACCAUCUAUAGACUGUGCCACAUUAGGACACUGUUUGAAAAACUUAGGAUUUAUUGUAGUUACUAUUAAAAAUAGCAGGAGCAUGGAUUUGAUGAGUAUGUUGGAGAAAACAUUUGAAUUAAUACCAGAAAAUUCUUAUGGUUUCAUCUUCUAUGCAGGGCAUGGUUGUGAGAUUUGUAAUACAAAAUGCAUGCUCGGCAUAGAUUGUCCAUCAGAAAACAUGAAGGAAGAACAUUGUAUAACUGAAAAUGCCAUGUUGAAUGCAGUUGUGAAGUGCAAACCCGAGCUUUGUGUGUUAAUCAUGGAUAUGUGCUGCAUUAACUUGGACAGGAUAACAAAUCCAGAGAUCUACACCUCCAUUCUGUAUACACAGCCUACGAAUAUACAUAGAAACCUUCUCAUCGCGUACGCAACUCAACCUUCCGCGGCUGCGUACGAACUUGUCGAAAUAGAGUGCUCUAUGACCAUAGACAAUGACGUCACCUAUGAAAUGAAGACUGGAGACACUGACAGAAUAGUUCCUAAUGCUAGUCAGUAUGUAAACGCACUAUGUAAUAGAUUAGAAGAUGACCUAGAUGUUAGCACUCUAUUGGAUAAAGUUCAUGCAGAUGUAGAGAAAUCCAUGAAGAAACAAAGGCCUAUAAAAGUGCAGUGUGGUACUGAUAAGAGAUCUCUCUAUGACCCGGCCACAGGUGACGCCGGAUCAAUUUUGAAUAAGCUUAAAGAUGUCGAAAAAGACUGGAAAGAAUUUUAUAACGCUUUUUAAUCUAAGUACAGUUUCCUACAUUAAUAAAGCCAAUCAUUGUAAAGUAAAUAAUCGCUUAUAAAGCAAGACAUAUUUUUUCAACUUAAGUUUA